UGGUGGAGAUCGGGGAACGGGUCGGGCCGGGCAGCCUUAACGCUUGGACAUUAAUGCGUUUGGAGGGUUCACAACGGCCAGAACCGAGGCUUAGAAGUGUAACCUGAGAAUUUGGGGUCUGGUCGGGGCUCCCAGAGGCAUUCCGCUUGCAAAGUAACUUGGACAGCGUCACCCUUUAUACCAGAAAACUGGCGGGCACUAUGGGGAAAAAACAAAACAAGAAGAAAGUGGAGGAGGUGCUAGAAGAGGAGGAAGAGGAAUAUGUGGUGGAAAAAGUUCUCGACCGUCGAGUGGUAAAGGGCAAAGUGGAGUACCUCCUCAAGUGGAAGGGGUUCUCAGAUGAGGACAACACGUGGGAGCCAGAGGAGAACUUGGAUUGCCCCGACCUCAUUGCUGAGUUUUUACAGUCGCAGAAAACGGCACAUGAGACAGAUAAAUCAGAAGGAGGCAAACGCAAAGCUGACUCUGAUUCUGAAGAUAAGGGAGAGGAGAGCAAACCAAAGAAGAAGAAGGAAGAGCCAGAAAAGCCUCGAGGCUUUGCCCGGGGUUUGGAGCCUGAACGGAUUAUUGGAGCUACAGACUCCAGCGGAGAGCUCAUGUUCCUGAUGAAAUGGAAAAACUCUGAUGAGGCUGACCUGGUCCCAGCCAAGGAAGCCAAUGUCAAGUGCCCCCAGGUCGUCAUAUCCUUCUAUGAGGAAAGGCUGACGUGGCAUUCCUAUCCCUCAGAGGAUGAUGACAAAAAAGAUGACAAGAAUUAACUCUCCUGAGUACCAGCCCCUGUCACAUCUGACUGUGGGUUUCAAUGGGGAGGGGAAGGAGUUCUACUUGUCUUGAUACCAUAGAAGUGGCUUUGGAAGAUUUGGUUUUGUGUCCAGAAUAUUUUCUUUUAAAAAAAUGUAAUUGGCAAUCUAAUUGAGGACUCUGAGAGACUGUUUAAAAGCUGUGAAUGCCUGAGACUUACAGGCCAAGGUGUUCCCUGCCGGAGAUUAAUUCUUUUCCCAACAAAGGACUAAGCCAGUUGAUAAGUUACCAAAGUUGCCAUUUGGGGGGGAGGGGGGGAGGAUGGAAAUUAGUUGAGAAGGGAAAGUCUUUUAUUGGAGCAUAUAUAUAGGCAGAUCAUUCUGUCUUAGAGGUGCUAAUUCUUGAAAUUGACAAGACCCUUUCUCUCCUAAUUAUGAAGCUAUAGACAUUAGCUUGUCCAUCCAAGCUCCUGGCUGAGGUAUUUGGGAGGAGGAGAAGGGAAUGGUAUAGGAGGUGUGAGAGUAAAGAUAGGGGGCCCAUGUUUUUAGGAUGGAGAAACUCUUGGAGCCUCUCUGUUAUUUGAACUUUGAACUCUGAAACCAUUGGUGGCAGGGUUCAGUCACUGACAGCACAAGUUCAUUGAAUCACUCCAAGAGUUGGAUUAUUUCAAAAGCCCUGGUCUCAGGAGAAGAUUAAAUCACUUUCUUACUGGGGCAGUGGUUCACUUUAAGACACAAAACAAAAAUCCUUUUUUUAUCCCAAGAAUUAAUACCCAAAAUGCUGUCUUGACUCAUGAAAUCCAUCAGUUCUUGACAUCAUCCAGACCUACAUCUAGACCUUCAUUGUAAAAUCCUUUUAGGCAUGUGUUAGAUUUCUGUGAAAACUUUGUUUAAAUGUAAACUUCAUACAACACUGUCAGUUUUUGUUUUAAUAAAACUAUAUAGAUUUAUAAUCCUUGAUUUGUCUUAAGUCUUGCCAGAAGCCCUCCUUGCCUUUUAUUACCUUAUAGGUUCAGCCUGUUGGAAACAACUUGUACACCUGGAUGGUUUAUUUCUUGAACACUGUAGGCUUCAGAAUCUGGCACCUGGCCUGCAUCUUUGAGUGGUCUCACUAUGUUAAUUGAGUAAAUAUUUAUUGAGCAUUUAUAAUUGCUGCAGAAACUGUAAAUGUUGUCACAUCAUUCUGUCUUUCUUACUGCUCAAAGGUUGUUUGUUUGGCACUUUGUGACCUGAUAACACUUCCAAACUAUGAUAUGUUUGGAAACAUGAGUUUUUUGAAUUAGGUUUGGCUCCUGGUUCAUGUAUUUCAUAGAUUUGUGUGACCUUAGCUAAAUUCAACUUUCCGGAAUUUUCAGGAAUUAGCCUUGGAUUUGAUUACUGAAUUAAAAUAUCAUCUAUUUUCUUAA